AUGGUGGUAGUAACCAACGACGAAACGGAACUUCAAGCAAUGUCGGACCACGAUAAUACCAAUGGCAAGGAUGAAGAUCACGAAAGAAACUCGCCAGUCGUGGAUAGCAAAAAUCCCUUACGAAGGAGUGUUUUUCGCGCCAUGGUGCAGGACUUCGGGCCCCUCUGGUUUACCUGGUGCAUGAACGCAGGAAUAAUAUCAACACUCCUGCACCAAUUCCCUUACCAAUUCCAAGGCGUCCAGGUCCUCUCGACGAUUGGGUUCCUGCUGGACCUGACGCUCUAUGUGAUCUUCUCCGUGAUCUUCACGCUACGCUUCCUGCUAUACCGGGGCCAAGCACUCGCCGAAAUCACAAGUAACGUGCCGGAACUGUGCUUGAUGCCGACGUGGUGCAUCGCAUUCAUGACGCUGGUGUCGUUCGUGUCGCUGACGGUGAGCAACGCGACGUGGGGCGGGGAGAACUGGACGCUGCUGGCGGUGGCGAUGUGGUGGAUGGCGACGGUGUGGAUGUUCGGCAAGCUGUUCUUCUGCUUCAUCACCCUGAUCCGCGAACACAACCUGCUAGACCGCCAGCUGCCGACCCUGAUCAUCAUCCCGGCCGUCGGCGUCGCGACCCUCGCAGCCGUGGGCGGCGUCGUCACCACCUCCGCCCACGACCUCUCCGCCAACCUCGCCGUCCCCAUCAUCCUCACCUCCUUCUGCGCCGCCGGCGUCGGCCUCAUCCUCGGCCUGAUCCUGUAUACCUACCUCUUCCACCAACUGCUCGCGCACGGCUGGCCCGCCGCCGCGUCGACCCCCACCAUCUUCAUCCUCGUCGGACCCAUGGGCCAGACCGCCGCAGCCCUCCAACUCCUGGGCGCCGCCGCGAACACCCACGGCCGCUUCGCAGCAUACAACCACGGCACGUUCCUGACAGCCUCCGCCGCGGGACCCCUCGAAAUCGCCUGCCAACUACUCGCGCUGCUCAUGACAGGGCUGGGCGCCGUGUUCUUCAUCCUGUCGCUGUGCGCGCUCGCCGACCGCGCGUGGCACCGCGAGCUGGCGUGGUCGCCCGCGUGGAACGCCAUCAUCUUCCCGACCGGCACGCUGGUCACGUCGACGCUGCUGUUCGCCGACGUCAUGGACUCACCCUUCUUCCGCGUCGUCACCGCCAUGCUGACCCUUUUCCUGGUCAUGGUCUUCUUCAUCAACGUGGUUUUCACCGUCUGGAAGGCCUACAAGGGUCAAUUGCUCGUCGUCAGGGAGGAUCCGCGCGUCAAGGCCCGCUUGGCCGAGCUGCGGAAGGAGUCGUAG